AUGUUCCGCCUCCAUCGUCUACCGCCUGCUCCAGACGAGAUCUAUUCUUCCAGCCUUGCAACGUUUCACGAAGGACACGCCCUCUGGUACCCGGAGCCACAUGAGUCAGGCGAACCGCAGAUCGGCGACGUAGGGUUCAUACACAGAGGUGCAUUCAUCAGGCUGUUCAACCUCGACACCUCUGCACCCGAGAAGAAGGUCACAUUCUGGCCGGUACCCUUCGAUGAUAUCAAGCCCUUGCCCCCGCACGUCCUCCAGAUCGAUCGCAGACAUCGGCCGCUGGUCCCCGACCAUUACUGCAGCCAUGGGAUGGAGAGCAAGGAGAUACAUGCCUCAGUAGAUGCAACGGCUGGCGCGAGCAUGUCAUUGGCUCUUACUGCUGCCUACAAAUGCAAAUCAACACAAAGCGCGGUUCUUGCCCUCAAGAGUGAGGCCCAUGCGGAAACGCUGUUCGAGAAUCAAGUCCUAGAGAAUUACAUCGUCCGAAACCAUGACACAUGGUAUACAUAUGCCACGGGCGUCCUGGGCCACCGGCUCAAGCAGGAGAACCUUGUCGUGAUUUGCGGCUGGGUCAAGACAGAAGCAGAUUGGGCUGCAGCAGCAUUCAGUAACAUCAGCUCGAGCUCUCAUGUUUCGGUCGAGGGAAAUGCAGGCGGCGUCGCGGGUAUGGAACUCGGCGGGUCGCACUCGAAGUCUGUGACGGGACCACGGAUGCAACGGCAGGGCCGGCACUACUUACCGGAUGCGUCUCACCCAUGUCCCGUGGAGCCGACGAGGGACCAGUGUAUGUUCGUGAAGCGCUACGGAGUACGAAAGCGGUUGUGGAUUUUCAAGAAGAUCGUUGCGAGCGCGGACUACCAUCAGCUUCUGGAUAUGGACGACGGGAGAAGUGGAUCGGGAGGGAAAGGGGCCAUAGCACAAGAGGAGGAUAAUCUGAUUGGCGCAAAUGUGUUGGAGCUCGAGAGCGAGGUACGUCUCAGUUUAUGA